ACACGGGUACCAGGAACAUGGUUUAUUGGGAACAUGUGUUUAUGGAAACCUACAGGUUCUUGGGAGCUUUGUUUCGUAGAAACAUAUGUACCAGGAAACAUAAACGUAUGUUCUUGGGAACAUAGGCUCAUAGGAACCUAUAGGGAACAUAAGUUCUUGAGAACAUAGGCGUGACUCUGUUUAAAGUAUCUGAAUGUGCAUCAAGAUCUGAGUCAUUAAACAGACAAAAGGUUUCAGGUGGAUUUUGACCCAGGAYCAGCUCAGUCCAGCUGUAGAGUUCUGCUGACAGAUCACCUCAGGUUAUUCCUUCCAUUCAGCUGCUUCUCCAUGUAGAUUCUAUCGUCUCCGCCUCUUAUUCUGCAUGUAAAGUGUUUAAAGUUUGCUCAGCAGGACCACAUGGUGUCACAGUUUCAUGAUGAUGAAGACCAGAAUGAGUUCUUUUUGUUUCUGUUUCAAACCUCUGCUGCAGAGAGAAGCCACCUCGCAAACCUGACCUGAGCUCCCAGCUGGCCAUGAAGUACUUCGAUCCGGACUUCACUCCUCUGACCAAYGCGCUCAGUGAGGACCUGCAGAACUCCUCCAGAUGGAGACACAACAGCUCRGCCUUUACGCAGCUGAGGAAGGAGAUAUCUCAGUACAUCGACAUCCCCAACAACUUCACUCUGACCAGAGACUCGGUGCGAGUCGGACAGCUCAUGCACUUCGACUACUCCAGCCACAAAUACGUCUACUCCAUCGGCGAGAACUUCCGCUCGCUGCUCCCGGAGGCCUCGCCCAUCCUCAACAAGCGCUACAACGUCUGCGCCGUGGUGGGCAACAGCGGCAUCCUGACCGGCUCGCGCUGCGGCGCUCACAUCGAGCGCUACGACUACGUGUUCCGCUGCAACUUCGCUCCGACGGAGAUCUUCAGGAAGGACGUGGGGCGCCGCACCAACAUGACCACCUUCAACCCCAGCAUCCUGGAGAAGUACUACAAUAACUUACUGACCGUUCAGGACAGGAACAACUUCUUCCUGAGCCUGAAGAAACUGGACGGCGCCAUUCUUUGGAUCCCAGCGUUUUUCUUCCACACGUCGGCCACGGUCACCAGAACGCUGGUGGACUUCUUCGUGGAGCAUCGGGGGCAGCUGAAGGUCCAGCUGGCGUGGCCCGGCAACAUCAUGCAGUACAUAAACAACUACUGGAAAACCAAGCGGUUGUCCCCGAAGCGCCUGAGCACGGGCAUCCUGAUGUACACGCUGGCGUCCUCCAUGUGCGACCAGGUGCACCUGUACGGCUUCUGGCCCUUCGGCUGGGACCCCAACACGGGCAAGGARCUGCCGUACCACUACUACGACAGGAAGGGCACCAAGUUCACCACCAAGUGGCAGGAGUCCCACCAGCUGCCGGCCGAGUUCAAACUCCUGUACAAGAUGCACAUGGACGGCCUGCUGAAGCUCACGCUGUCCCACUGCGCAGCAGGGUGAACCUGCGGCCCUCCGUCCGUCCUUCACCUGAGCUUCCARCACAGAACCUGACYGRAGAACACGGAUUUAUGUUAAGCUAAGUGGGCUCCCAAAAACUGCAGGAAUAACAGGCUGAGAAAUUAAUAUAUUUAUUUUAUAUGACUCUGAAUUUAAUUUAUCUGUUUGUUUGUUUGUUUGUUUGUUUGUUUGUUUGUUUGUUUGUUUGUUUGUUUUUUGGGGGGGGUCACGUGCCAACAUCAUGUUGAGGAGCGCACAAAACAACACAUGAACGUAGAAAAGCAGUGAACUUCAUAGAAACAGGUUUAUGGAGGUAAAUYAGUGCCAUAAAGUUUGUUUAAAAAAUAAAGUUUGAAAUUGGAAGAAUAUUUUUGGAACUGAAAUAAAAAGAUUUGAAACAGAGAAAAAAGGUUUAAUACUGCUUGUAUCAUAUAAUUAGAUAAAUAUGGCAUGUUGUUUGUCAUAUAAUUAAUGAUGURUGGCAGGUUGUAUCAUAUAAUAAAAAACUACGGUUUGCCAUUGAUUUAUAUAAUUAACAGUAUAUAGCAGGCUGUCAUGUCAAUUUCAAAAUGUGGCAGGUCAUUGUAUCAAAUAAGUUAUGGCAGGUCAUUGUACCAUAUAAUUAAAUAAUAUGACAGGCCAYUUUAUCAUGUAAUUAAAGAAGUAUGGCACGUCAUUGUAUCAUGUAAUUAAAAACAUGGCAGGCUGUAGUAUUAUUUAACUAAAGAGUUAUGGCAUGCCAUUGUAUCAUAYAAUUAAAACUGUAUAGCAGGCUUCUGUAUUAUAGGAUCAAAAAUCAAACAAUAUAUUUUUACAGUUUCAAA